AUGUCCACUACCAUCUCGAGCUCAGUAUCGCGGUCCGGAACUCCCCUUGGUACCAGACCGCCUUCAACAAUCACCACCACCUCAACAACCGCAGCCACAUCAUCCUCAGAUCCAACCUCAAAUCCGCACAGCGACAACAGUAGCAACAAUUACUUUUCCUACCCCGUGACCAGGGUAGUAUCCGGUCUAUAUCGACGCCUGACUGAUCCACCUCAAAAGAGCAACAAUAAUAAUACCAGCAAUGCGAACAAUAUGAACAGCUCACGCUCAUCCUCCACAUCCCUCUACAUCCCCAAACGAACCGCCUCGCCUUUCCAGCCUCCUCCUCUCACACCAUUAACACUCAAUUCAUCUACCGCCACUGGCUCUUACAUCCUCUCCCGCGCCCUCGCGGAAGAAAUCCGCCUCCUCGUGCCCCCUCGACUCCAACUAGUCGAUACAUGGCGCCUAGCCUACAGUCUUGAACGCGACGGCUCCUCCUUGAGCACACUAUACGACCACUGCAGGAAAACAAGCGAACGACACCCCCGCGCUGGGUAUGUGCUAGUAGUACGCGAUACGUCCGAUGGCGGAGCAGUGUUUGGCGCGUAUUUGACAGAUGCGCCGCACCCAGCGCCGCAUUUUUAUGGGACGGGGGAGUGCUUUUUGUGGAGGGCUAGUGUUCUGGGGCUGGCGUCACAGCAGGGGGUGUGGAAUCAUACCCACCACCACCACCAUCACCACCACCAUAACCAUACUAAGCAUAAUGAUAAUCACGAAGACGAUGAGCAAGAGAGUAAUGGGCAUGACUUCCAUACAAUGACAGACGAAGAACUCCAACGCGCCGGCUUCCCUCCUCCGCCGAGCGCCGACACGACACAUGCAGUACGAAGUACAACCGUGAGAGCGAGCACGCCAACUUUACGAUCUGACAAAAAGAGCAAUAAUCUCCUAUCCUUACCAACCGAAUCCAGCGCAAACAAUAGCGGCACAAGUACACCCGAACGCAUCAGGUUCAAGGCUUUCCCUUAUAGUGGUAUGAAUGAUUACAUGAUAUUUUGUGAGACGGGGUUUUUGAGUAUCGGUGGAGGGGACGGCCACUACGGUCUAUGGAUCGACGACUCCGUAGAAAAGGGAGUUAGUGAUUCAUGCCCCACGUUUGGAAAUGAACCUCUUUCGGACGAAGGGUCCAAGUUUGAUAUUCUGGGGUUGGAGAUUUGGUCUAUUAGUACAUAA